GUGUUACGGCUGUAUUUCUGGCCGUGGGAUGAUGUGUUAGUGGUCCGGUCCGUCAGACGGUCUGCUGCGUCAGCUGGUUUUUCAUUGAGACUAUCAGACUGUGCAUGAAUGAACACAGAACACUGAAACUCAACAUGAUUCGCACUCGUCCUGCUGCUAAAAACACCUCUGAUGGAAGUUUGUGUGAAUAUGUGGCGAUCUGUGAUCAACAGCUUUGGCUUAAAGAAGAACAAUGAAUCUGAGAUCAGGUUUAUCCAGUUUUUCCAUCAUGUUUGGAAAGAAGAAGAAGCGGCUAGAGAUUUCAGCUCCGUCGAACUUUGAGCACCGUGUUCACACCGGCUUCGACCCGCACGAGCAGAAGUUCACCGGACUGCCGCAGCAAUGGCAGAGUCUGUUAGCCGACACCGCCAACCGACCCAAACCCAUGGUGGACCCAUCCUACAUCACGCCCAUACAGCUCGCACCCAUGAAGAUAUCUCCCAAGAAAGUCCGGUCAGCUGAGUCGCCGUUGCGAAAAACGAUCGUCCGCGGGAGCCGGCCACCCAAAGAUGCCUCCAUCAACGGACUGUUAGAAGAGUUUGACAGCAUCUCUGUGACCCGCUCAAACUCCCUGAGGAAGGAGAGUCCACCAGGAGCGCACCAGACUGUCAGCGGCAAACCGCUCUCGCGAGCAGCAGCUGGCGGCGGGCUGGAGGAGAACGGCUUUGUUCACUAUUACGGCCGUUACUCGUGUGACCUGGACAACAGCAAAGACUUGUCUAUGGACCCGUAUCGGGACAAAGGCAUCCACGAUGGGGACUGGCCGAUCGGACGACACUAUCGCUUCUCUCUCAAACAGAACGGUCACCCCAUCCGGAGUCCGUUCUACCCCGAUGCAAUGCCGCAGAAGUCUUCCGACUACGCAAAGAUGCCGCCAGACUAUCACGCAUACCUGGAGAGCAAGAUGCGUCUGUCCACCGAUGAAAUGGCCCUGAGCGGCCGUAGGGAUUAUUACCGGGCGUCUCUGGGUGGAUCCAGUCAGGAUUACCGGGAACAGCCGCUCGGAACGCCGUCUCGAGUCUCCAUUCACAGUGAGCAGAUGAGUUAUCCCGAUGGAAACUGGGGAUAUGGUUCAGGACUUCGAGACGACUACGACAAGAGGCCGAAGUCUUCGUACAUCAGUCAGACGAGUCCUCAGCCUGCCAUUCGCCAGCGCUCGCGGUCGGGUUCAGGACUGCAGGAGCCCAGUCUGCCGUACGGCAUCAGCGCGUUUAAAGCAGCGCCGCAGGGACCGUACAGCUCGUACACCUACCCCAGACUCUCUGAAAACACAUCCACACUCAUCUUAGGCAAGGGCGAGUACGCUACUCGGGAUGGAAGCCCGCAGGUGCCCGGGGCCGAGACGUACCCACGAGGGCCCCUCAAACUACCUCAGAGUCACGGCAAACCCGGUUACCCACCUGGUUUCCAGUACCCGCCCCCCUUCCACUACAAACCCUCACCCUAUCAGCACCCGCCGUCGCAGCCCAGCCCGCCCUACACCCCGCAGGGGGCACAGUCGCAGCCCUCGUCCCCGUACAUCCCACCCGGUGCGUAUCCUCCGCCCAGCUGGGGCUCGUCGUCCGAGCAGCCACCCUUGCGGGUGUCUCACGAGCAGUUCCGUGCGGCGCUGCAGCUGGUGGUGAACCCGGGCGACCCACGGGAAUACCUGGACAACUUCCUGAAGAUCGGCGAGGGCUCCACGGGCAUCGUGUGCAUCGCCACGGAGAAGCACAGCGGCAAACAAGUGGCCGUUAAAAAGAUGGACCUGAGAAAACAGCAGCGCCGGGAACUUCUGUUCAACGAGGUGGUUAUCAUGAGAGAUUACCAUCACGAGAACGUGGUUGACAUGUAUAACAGUUAUCUGGUAGGAGAUGAACUCUGGGUGGUGAUGGAGUUCUUAGAGGGCGGAGCUUUGACUGACAUUGUCACUCACACCAGGAUGAACGAGGAGCAGAUUGCCACGGUUUGUUUGUCGGUGUUGAAAGCGUUGUCGUAUCUUCACACGCAGGGCGUCAUUCACCGAGACAUCAAGAGUGAUUCUAUACUGCUCACCAGUGACGGACGGAUCAAACUGUCUGAUUUCGGCUUCUGUGCUCAAGUGUCUAAAGAGGUGCCCAAGAGGAAGUCACUGGUUGGCACGCCGUACUGGAUGGCACCGGAGGUCAUCUCGAGGUUACCGUAUGGCACUGAGGUGGACAUCUGGUCUCUGGGCAUCAUGGUGAUUGAGAUGGUGGAUGGAGAACCUCCGUACUUCAAUGAACCUCCACUGCAGGCCAUGAGACGAAUACGAGACAACCUGCCCCCACGACUCAAAGAGUCUCAUAAGGUGUCGUCUGUUCUGCGCACGUUUCUGGACCUGAUGUUGGUGCGUGAACCGUGUCAGCGUGCGACAGCACACGAGCUCCUGCAGCACCCCUUCCUGAAGCUGUCAGGACCGCCGUCAUGUAUCGUACCGCUCAUGAGACAUUACAGACACCGCUGACCGCCAGCAGGGCGGCGCUACAUUCACACACACACACAUACACACACACUCACCGUAUGUAACCGCGCUCACACUUCUAACCAGAUGUAGUUUAGAUGAUAACAAACAUGAGAGCUAAAAAAACUAACCGUAUACAGUGGACAGAACAGUGGCACCGCUAGCGUCCGUGACGCGUGUUUGACUUUAGUUAGACGUACAGUGACAGUCUGGUGCAGUUCUGUUCCUGUACAGGUGGACUCAUCGUCUACAGUUGUACCGUAAUAAAUCUAGUUAAGCCGCCAAAUAUUCCGAGAGACUGUCACACAAACAAAUGUCUUUUUUCACUUUCGUCUUCUCACUAACAGUGAAGAUGUAUUUUAGAGCAAUUGUAAGUUUGACUUGUACAGUUUUGAUAAAGCGCAGUAUUUUUGUUGUGAUGUGGUGAAAUGGGCAGUAUUACAUAGAACUCAAGAGAAGAAUCUUUCCUACUCUUUAUAUUGAAUUGUUUUGAAGAUAUGGUCAUUUAAACACCGUUGCAGAAAGAUAUGGGAAUAUAUUUAUCUAUUCAACAUUUGGAGAGCUCAUGCCAGAGUUUUAUAAGACGUUUGGAAAUGUUCAUGUCUGAUUUUUCAGUAGUGUGGCCUUUUUCAUUUUCAUUCUCAUUUUUUUUAAAACGAUAAAGCGAUUUAUUGGCUGUAUCAGACCAGAUAAGCAAUACCAAAACAAGGUAUUUCAAACGUUGAACACACAAAAUGUCUCACUGUGCGAUAAGAGAAUUUGACGCAUUUAGUUUUAAAUCACUAACGAUAUUUGUUCAAGUUCAUUCAGUUCAUUGAAACUCUAGCAAUAGUAACAUCUUUCACACGUUUUAUAGUCGUCUCUGUAACGUCUCACCUGUGUCUCAUCGGUCACUGUGAUCUGUAAAUAUAAACAUGGAUGUGUGUGUUUGUGUAGGAGUGUACAGAUGGAGCCGUCAUCUGCAUGUGUGUAUCACUAAAACUGCUUUCAAUAAAAACAC